AUGAUCUCCACAGUCCGUGGAAUAUUAUCGCUUUCAAAAGCUGAAACUUCCGAUUCAUCAAGUGAUGAAGACAAGGGUGGUGACAAAAAGGUAUUAUCAGUUUCUUGGAACCAAGAUUGGAGUGGUUUCAUAGUUGGAACAAAGACCGGGUUUAAUGUAUAUAACAGCAACCCAAUCAAGGAGAAAAUCAUCCGUGAUCCGCACGUAUCCGGCUUGAGAAUCGCGGAGAUGCUCUUCUUUUCUAACAUCUUUGCUCUUGUUGGCAAUGGUUAUAACAGUUCCGAGUACCCUCCUAAUAAAGUCUUUAUUUGGGACGAUCUUAGAAACAAAUGCUUCUGCGAGCUCGCUUUUAGGUCACCAGUUAUCGCGGUGAAGCUGAGGAGAGAACACAUUGUGGUUGUCCUGAGGAAAAACAUAUAUGUCUACUGUUUCAAGAACCUCAGGGUUCAUUGUCAGAUCGAAACAGCUAAAAACCCUAAAGGACUCUGUUGCAUCUCUAACGCUGAGACGAAAGCAAUCUUGGCUUGUCCCGGGUUUCAACAGGGACAAGUUCAAGUCCAUGACUUGAGAAGGAAUAUAAUCAAAAUCAUUCAAGCACAUGAGUCUGAUAUUUCUUGCUUGAGUUUGACUCUCGAUGGAAGUAUUCUCGCAACCGCUAGCGUAAAAGGAACUCUAAUCAGGAUCUUUAACCCACUUAAUGGUACUCUCUUACAAGAGUUGCGGAGAGGAAUAGAAAGAGCAGUGAUCUAUAGCAUUGCAAUCUCUUUGAAUCUGAAAUGGGUCGCUGCGUCAAGUGAUAAAGGGACUCUCCAUGUAUUCCGUUUAAGACCUGACGUUCUUAGUUUAGAUAAAAACAUCACUGAUCAAGCUUCAUCAUUUUCAUUCAUAAGAGGGAUCUUACCAAAGUAUUUAUACGACAACGAACGGUCGUUUGCUCAGUUCUCGUUACCAGCUUCCACCAAGUUCAUUGUAGGAUUUGGACCAGAGAACACUGUUCUUGUCGUAGGCGUCGAUGGAAGGUUUGAUGAUGGAGAAGGAGGGGAGAUGGUGGAGUUGGAACACAAACACUUCUUCUCCUUACCACAGACAGAUGACACAAUCGUUGAUACGUGA